CACAGAUCGCAGCGGGCGCGCGUGCGGAGGCGGCGGCGGCGGCGGCGGCGGCGCCUGGGCCCUGAGGAGGCGUCGUCCCCUCAGGCUUCGCCUGGGGAGCACCUCGGGGCGGUGCGCCUCCGGCAGCUCCGCGACCGCCGCGGACAGGGGCCGGAUGUGACCUUCUGCCUGGAGUAGCUCAAGUUCUUAGAAGUUUCAGUGCACACCUGAGGUGGCAAUUUAUAUAAAGAAAGCACUGGGACUUGAGGCCACACCUUCAAGAAUAAAAAAAAAAAAUUAGAAAAUGGAACAACCAUGUAUAUUAUGUGAGGAAGAACAAGAGCCAGAACCGCAGCAGAACAUAGAAGAAACCAAACAGGUAGAUGAUGAAGAUGGUGAGCUGAUCUUUGUUGGGGUAGAACAUGUAAAUGACGAUGCUGAGCUGAUCUUUGUUGGGGUGACUUCAAAUUCAAAACCAGUCGUUUCAAACAUUUUGAACAGAGUCACCCCAGGUUCAUGUUCAAGGAGAAAAAAGUAUGGUCACCUCAGAAAAGGUACUACUUGCAAAUUGCAGCCUAUAAGUCAUGUGACCCCUGUAUCAGAAGCAGUGACUGCCUUGCCUGUUUCUGAAUCUGAGUCAAGAUCAACAGAAAGUCCUAUUAUUAUUGAGCCUUUGUCUAAACCUGAUUAUAAAAGUAAUUCACCACAAGUCGUGCCUAAUAGCUCUUCAGAGUUAUCUUCUCCUUUGAUUACAUUCACAAAUUCAUUGCAGCAUCCAGGUGGAGCAGCACUUUCUGUAGGAGGUAUGAAUAAAAGUCCUUGCAUAUCAAAGCAACUUUCUACUGCUGAAGUAAACAAUGUAAAUCCCAAAAGGCUUAAACUCAGUGAUGGAAUCAUAGGGGGACAUGCUUCAGCUUUGUCCCCUUCAGGUAUCUUUCAUACAGUGACUGCUGAGCAAAGCACACCCUCAAACAGUGUUCAUACCUCAUUAAGCCAUGUUCAGAAUGGAGCACCUUUUCCAACAGCUUUUCCAAAGGACAGUGUUCAUUUCAACCCUGCAGAUCCUGUUAAGGAAAAUAGACAAGCAAAAACAGAUUUUUUGAGACUAGCAAGUCAAAACCAGGUUGUUGAUCCCAAGAAAGGAAGUCUGGUCAUAUUACUUCGUGACUUUUAUUAUGGGCAGCAUAAAGGAGAUGGACAGCCAGAACAGAAGACUCACACAACCUUUAAAUGCCUCAGCUGCUUGAAAGUUCUAAAGAAUGUCAAGUUUAUGAAUCACAUGAAACACCAUUUGGAACUUGAGAAGCAGAGGGGUGACAGCUGGGAAAGUUACACCACCUGCCAGCACUGCCACCGACAGUUUCCCACUCCCUUCCAGCUGCAAUGCCAUAUUGAAAGUGUACACACUACCCAGGAGCCCUCCACUGUCUGUAGAAUUUGUGAAUUGUCAUUCAAAACAGACCAAAUUCUCUUACAGCACAUGAAGGACAAUCAUAAGCCUGGUGAAAUGCCCUAUGUGUGCCAGGUUUGCAAUUACAGAUCAUCAGCCUUUGCUGAUGUGGAAACACAUUUCAGAACUUGCCAUGAAAACACUAAGAACUUGCUCUGUCCAUUCUGUCUCAAAAUUUUCAAAACUGCAACACCAUACAUGUGUCAUUAUAGGGGACACUGGGAAAAGAGUGUUCACCACUGUUCCAAAUGCCGGCUACAGUUUUUAACUUUCAAGGAGAAAAUGGAGCACAAGACCCAGUGUCAUCAAAUGUUUAAGAAGCCUAAGCAACUGGAAGGAUUGCCUCCUGAAACAAAAGUUGUUAUUCAAGUGUCACUGGGACCUCUUCACCCAGAAUCAUUGGAAGUAGCAUCCAUUACUGUGAGCACGUCAGAUUCUGAACCGUCACCCCCCAGGUCUAAGAGUAAAGUUUCCAAAAAACCUCGUUAAUUCGAGUUUCAGUAAAUCUAAAGCAGGUAUUUCAAUCAAAGUCAAAAACCCUAUAAAAAUAAAAAAUACAAACCAUACAUUAUUCUGUAGCAUCAAACAUAGUGAAACCAAUGAGUUAUUUAUGAGUUUCUUUUUAAAUUCAUGAAAUACAGUACUGUCUGAUAUGAAUUUGAGAUGUUAUUUAAAAUAUAUUACCUGGCUUUUGUGUAACUGUAUCUGGCUUAACAUAUAAAAGGUGUUUUGUGUGUGUAUGUGUGUGUGAGAGAAAAAAAGUGGAAACCUAUUUAUUUUGAUAUUUCAUGUUACUUGUAAGUUUGAAAGCUCUAACUUCUGCAGAUAGAAUCUAGAGUUCUUUAAGUACUUAAUUUUAUUUUCAACUUUUUCCAUGUCUUGAGGAUUUCAAUAUUAACUCUAGUCAGACUGAUAUGACUUUGUUACAACAUAGACUGUUACAACAUGGUCCCAUUUGCUGCUGAGCCCCUAUAAGUGUCUCUCUUGUGCUGGUUUAAAAUAAUCGGUCUCUGAGAGCAUGAGGGUGAAGUUGAAGAAGGUAUGUCAUGAAUGGGAAUCAGAAACUGGAAGAUUAGUCAGUGGAGACUCCUUGUUCUGGUUGAGGGAGAGGCGUGCCAGUGCGCGCGCGCGCGCGCGCACACACACACACACACUCUCU